AUGCCAUCUUCGACAGGGCCAUCCUACCCCCCAACUCUUAAUGAUGUUCUCGAAAGAAACAGGUUGGUACAGACCAUCAAGGACUGGACCAUCGCCAAUGGCCUUGCCGUGCGACCGCCGCCAACAGUUGCAGGGGACGACACCGAGGGCAUUCUGGCCAUGAGUGCUCCCGUCACUCUCUUCCCAAGUCCGUUCCCCAAGACUUGCUUUGAAGAGGCCCAGGACAUCCAGGCGCAGUACAAUGAGCUGUACGCCCGCAUCAGCCAGGACGAGGAGUUUCUCAGCAGCCUUGUGCAAGAGGUCGCUGGCGGUGACGACUUCAUCGCAAACCUGUGGAAUGUCCAUCUUAGGGUGAAGGAAGAGGGCUAUGUUCAGAGUCUCGCCCUCGGCCUCUUCCGGUCCGACUACAUGGUUCACCAGGACGGUGACAACCUUCAAAUCAAGCAAGUCGAGUUCAACACCAUCGCGUCUUCUUUUGGCGGACUUUCGGCGCAGACUACGCUGCUUCACAAAUAUCUAUCCAAAACCGAAUAUCCGCUCCUGAAGAGCGGUAUUCCUAGAUCGACCCUCGACCUUCCCGCCAACCACAGCGCAGAGGGCCUCGCCGCCGGUCUGGGAGCCGCUUUUCACGCCUACGGCAAAUCCGCGCUCGGUCACCCAACCUGCAUUGUUUUCCUGGUUCAAGACGGCGAACGCAACGUCUUUGACCAGCGCCACCUCGAAUACGCCCUGCAGUCCUCCGACUCGGAGCCCAUCCCCGUCUUCCGCCUGCCCUUCUCCCAGAUCCUCACGCACACCACCCUCGCGCCGUCCUCCCGAGGCCGCCAACUCCUCUAUCACCUACCCCACAACCCAUCCCUCACCUUUGAAGUCGCCGUCGCCUACCUGCGCGCGGGCUACGGACCAAGCGACUACCCCGAUCCCUCAGCCUGGGAAGCGCGCUACCAGCUCGAGCGCUCGGCCGCCAUCACUUGCCCGUCCGUCCUCACGCAGCUCGCAGGCAUGAAGAAAGUGCAACAGGUCCUCGCCACGCCCGAGUCCGUCUCGUCCAUUCCGUCCGCACUCCGGCGCUUCGUCCCCGACGAGCCAGCGUAUUCCGCUCUCUGGAAGACCUUCACCAAUAUCUACCCGCUCGACACGACUCCCGCGGGGCUCGAGGCGCGACGGCUGGCCACGGAUUCCGAGGAGUGCAAGAAGUACGUCAUGAAGCCGCAGCGCGAAGGCGGCGGGAACAAUUUUUACCGGACAGCCAUCCCGCAGCGCUUGAGGGAGAUUCCCGAGGAGCAUUGGGGGUCGUACAUCCUGAUGGAGCUCAUUACGCCGCCGCCCCUGGUGAAUACCAUCCUGAGGAACGGGAGGUUGGAGCACGGCGGGGUGAUUUGUGAGUUGGGUAUCUAUGGGACGUGUCUGUGGGAUCAAGCGACAGGGGAGGUGCUACGGAAUGAGGGGGCCGGGUAUUUGUUGAGGACGAAGGGGGAUAAGAGUGAAGAAGGGGGGGUGGCGGCGGGGUAUGGGUGCAUGGAUUCUUGCAGGCUGGUUUGA